ACGCGCGAUCCGUUCUCCUUGCCGGUAAAGCGACUUUGGUUCAGUCUACUCAACCAACCGGGUCUGGGUGACAUCUUUGCCCGCCACAUCUUCAAAACGCCCAAGGUGGUUCGACCUUUCCUUCCACCGCUGACCUUUGCGGACUCCACAUCUUCCGCCGCCGACGACACUUUGAUUGUGGAUCCAAUUACCCUCAAGUUGUCUACCCCUUCAAGCAAG